AUGCAUAAGCAAGUGCACGACUCCAAUUACAUCGUCAAGUUUUUCGGCAUCACUAAACACCCGCUUACACACGACACUUGCAUUGUCAUGCAGUUUGCAGAGAAUGGAUGUCUACAGGAUUUUCUUGAGACACGAAAUAUCACUAUUACAUGGCUCACGAAAUAUCGGCUGGCCUGGGAGAUCUCCAGCGGCCUGGACUUCAUUCAUCGUGAAAACAUCUUUCACACAGACUUACACUCACGUAAUAUCCUUAUUGACACCCAUGGAAAAGCAUUGAUCACGGAUUUCGGACUGAGCAAAUCUGUGAAUAAGACCAUUUAUACCACCAAAGCUGGACUUUUUGGUGUCGUUCCAUAUGUGGCGCCCGAGCGCAUGCAAAAUCCAACAUACACCUACAACGCAAAGUGCGACAUCUACAGUUUAGGCGUUAUCUUUUGGGAACUGUCGAGCUGUGUUAUUCCAUUCGAGGCACAAUUGCAGGAUGUGAUGCUGGCCGUUAACAUCAUUGCAGGAGUCCGCGAAAAGUCAGUGCCAGGGACAGCAGUUGAAUAUGAGAUGCUCUACCGACGGUGCUGGGAUGGAUUGCCACAAAACAGACCUACUAUGGAUAUCGUUCUCUCCGAGCUA